AUGAAUGCUGGAAAUCAACUUGGUACAGGAACUCAACGACCAUAUGAUGUUGUGAUUAUUGAUGAGGUGGGUUGUACGUUAAUCGAUGGAAAUAAUAAAAUUGUACGUUUAGCUGAUACAGCACCAGGUAUGGAAUAUUUAAACCCAUUAUUGAGUGCCAUAUGGAAACUAAUAAAUACAAAUGAAUCUGUAGAUAAAACUUUCAUGAUAAACGAUACUCAAACACUAGUUCAUACAGAGAUGAAAAUUCCUCGAUAUCUAGAAGAAUUUGUCAAAAUACAAUUAUUGUAUUGGACUAAUAAUGCUUUAUUAGCUAAAAAUGUUUAUCAACUUGAUCAUCAAUAUAUGAUGAAACACGAUGAAAAAAAUAUCAAACAAAUAACACCAAUUGACUAUCUCAAUACACGUGUUAUACAAUCGUCUACAACAUGGAGUGAUGGUUUACAUCAAUUUUUACAAUUAAAACAUGUUUUAAAAAUAACAUCAUGA